AUGUAUUCAUUAACUUCUGUUGAUAAAUGUCAGUAUAUUUCUACAAAAAUAGGUUCAUUAUGUACAAAUACACAAUACAGUAAUUGUCCACAUUGUUCUUUAUGGUUAUGUUUUGAUCAUAUUAAAGAGCAUCAACAACUGCUACAAGAAAAAUUGCAUUCAAUUGGUGAUUGUAUGAAUGAACAAAUAAUUAAACUAGAAUCUUUAACUAUUGAUCAAUGUUUUUUUAAAUGUCAUCAACAGUUAGAUACAUGGCGACUAUAUAUGAAUAAAUUUAUUGAUGAUUUAUAUAAAAAACGAAGUGAAGAACUUGAUGAGUUACAUAAAAAUACUGAUAAACAAUGUCAACAAUUUCAACAUAAACAAUUAAAUCUUAUUAAAACAGUAUUAAUACCAAAAUUAAAUGAAUUAGUUAGACAACAAACAGUUAUUCCCAGUGAUAUUUUAGAAUUAAAGGAACAAUUAGCAAAUAUUAAAGAUGAAAUAAUUUCAUUUGAACAAACAAAAUGGGUCGAAAUUAAAUGUACAAAUGGACUUGAUGAUAUAGUUAAAGUUCUUAGUGAAAAACACGAUAGUAUUAGUUCGAAAAAGAAAAAAAGUAAACAUUUAUUAGAUAUAGAAGAUAUAUUAAAGAAAAAAUCUAUUCAAAAAUAUUAUUUACAAGCAAAUACGGCUAGAAUAGCAGUAUCCGAUCAAAAAUAUAUUCUUUUAGCAAAUGGACAAAAUGAUAAACUUGAUUUAUUUGAUUUUAAUAAAAAUAUUAAAGUUAUUGAAUGGAAUGUGAACGCUUGUGGACCAGUAACAGAUAUUUGUUGGUCAUCAUUUAUGAAUUUAUUUGUUAUACUAGGUUAUCAAUCGUUACAUACAUACGAUUUAUUAUCAUUUAAAUUAAAUAAAAUUGAACAUAUUCAACCGACUGAUCCUCAAAUCUUAUUAUGGUCAAUAUCAACACAUAAUAAAGAUGUAUUUAUUAAUUAUACUACUGGAACAUUUGUUGAACGAUAUUCACUUCCAUCUUGGACAUUAAUUAAACGAUGGAAAAAAAAUGAUAUAAUAGAAGAGAAUGAUCGAGGUAUUGCUUUAGUAAAAGCUAGUAAUUUUUCAGUUGGUGUAUUGGUAAUGCAAAAUGAUUUAAAAUGGCGAAUUGAUUUGCAUGAUUCUAAUAUGAAACGUUUACGACGUUGUUUAACUUUAGAUUCAACUGAUAAUAUAAAUAAUUAUAUGUGUCGAUUAACACCAUUGUAUGAUGGACGAUGGAUAUUUAUGAAUUGGUAUGCUAAUAGUAUAUGGAUUAUAGAUGAAUUAGGUGUGGGAAAACAAUGUGUGGGAGUAAACGAUAUUUUACACUCAUGUUUAUGUGUAAAUCAAGAUUUUCUAAUCGUUUUAUUUAGGGAACCAGCUCGUUUAGAAAUAUUUCAUAUAUAA